GCUGGAUUGACACACAAUGAGGAGCAGAGGCUGGGGAGACGCUCCACAAACGCCGCUGUAAAUAAAUACAACAAUCACUGAGGCCAGAGAAACAUGGAGAACCAGUGCACGGUGCAGGUGAAGCUGGAGUUGGGCCAUAGAGCCCAGCUAAGGAAGAAGGUGACAUCAGAAGGCUUCACCCACGACUGGAUGGUGUUUGUACGAGGGCCAGAGACCGGUGACAUCCAGCACUUUGUAGAGAAGGUUGUCUUCCGCCUACAUGAGAGCUUCCCCAAACCCAAGAGAGUAUGCAAGGAGCCUCCAUACAAAGUGGAGGAGUCGGGCUACGCAGGCUUCCUCAUGCCUAUUGAGGUUUACUUCAAGAACAAGGAGGAGCCAAAAAAGGUGUGUUUCAACUACGAUCUAUUCCUCAACUUGGAGGGCAACCCACCAGUCAACCACCUGCGCUGUGAGAAGCUUACCUUCAACAACCCCACCAAAGAAUUCAGGAGAAAGCUGAUAAAAGCUGGAGGGGUAUUGGUGGUUCCAGAGGGGGCUGAAGCCGUGUCGAGGCCCAGUCCAGACUACCCGAUGCUCCCCACCAUCCCCCUCUCUGCUUUCUCAGACCCCAAGAAGACCAAGACAUCUCAUGUGUCAAAGGAACCCAGCAAAGAGGGAAGUGGUGGCAGCAGCAAAGGACCCAAACCGCACAAACUGACCAAGGAGCACCGUGAACGGCCCCGAAAAGACUCUGAGAGCAAAGCCACAUCGAAAGGAGACAACGACAGAGACGGAAGCAGCAAGAGUGGCCGUGAUCCUUCCUCUUCCUCGUCCUCAUCUUCAAAAAAGCCGUCGGAGAUCAAAGUGAAAGAUGAAGUCAAGGUCUUACCCAAGGCUGCCUUCAAGGAGCCUAAACUCACACUGAAGGAGUCAAAGAUGGAGGGCAUGUCCCCGAAAGGAGGGGGGGCUGGGAGCGGAGGGGGCGGCGGGGGAGGAGGCGGGGGAGGGCCCGCCGAGUCUAAAGCCCCAGGGAAACGACCCUCCACUGUCGAGUCUCCCAAACCCAGUGCUAAGAAACAGAAGAAGGGCAGCUCAGAGGGGCCGAAGGGGCCGUCCAGCGGGGCCUUCACGGGAGCCUCACCUCGUGUCUCCUCCUCAUCUGCUGCCAGUCAGCCCUACUCAGAGAAGAAACCUCAGAAGGAAAAAGGUCGCUGGGCCAAAGGCAAAAAUGACACGCAGGAGCCGAAGGAGCCCAAGAAACUUCCAGAGUCCGAAGAGUCGAAUUCAGAAGAUGAAGCAUCGUCGAAGUCAGAGCAGUCAGCCGUUUCCAGUCCUUCCAACUCCAGUUCAAGCUCUGACUCCAGUUCAGAUUCGGACUUUGAGCCAGGACAGAAACAAGGGCAAGGCCCCCUUCGAUCCAUGGUGGAGGAGAUCCAAUCGGAAGAGUCGGAUGAUGACGACAGCAGCUCAGAGGAGGAGACGCCUAUCAAGACCAACCCCCCCAACCGUGACUCUCGACUCAGCCUGGACAGCGAGAGUGACAGCAGUGACGGCUCGCACAGCCCCAGUCGAGACCCCGCUCCGCCCCAGCAGAAACACAGUUCCUCCAAUAACAAAGUUUCAGGCAGAAAGAGUCCAGAUUCCUCAUUUCGUUCAGAGAAGGUGUUGAAGAAGGGAUACGACAAGGUAGGAAGGGCCUACACAGAAGAACUGGUGGACCUCCAUCGCAGACUGAUGGCUUUAAGGGAGCGUAACGUCCUACAGCAGAUUGUGAACCUGAUUGAGGAGACGGGCCACUUCAACGUGACCAACACCACCUUUGACUUUGACCUCUUUUCACUGGACGAAUCCACCGUCCGCAAACUACAGAGCUACCUGGAGGCGACAGCCACGUGACAGGAAGUGGAAACCGGCGUGGGGAAACCGGCCUGUGGAUGGCGGCUGCGGCGGAGGUGGAGGUAGACUCGCCACCACCGUCUCCUCUUUUUAAGGAGGGGACGAGCGGCCACAUCGUGUCGCAGCUGUUGUCAUAGGCCUGACUGAACCAUCAAACAACUACCACACAAACAGAAACACGCGAACAAACACAAGCACACAUGAAGACACAUCACCUUCACGUGACGCUGGGGAGGACACUGAAGGAGGAGGUGUGGAAGGGAGGGUGGAGGAGGAGCGGAGUGUCUGAACUCCGUCUACAGUCAGGAUUUUCACUACACAUCUCUUUUCUUUUUCUUUUUUUUUUGAGUCUGUGCAGAGCUGUGGUAUGCACCCCACACCCCCUCCUUCACCCUCCUGCACUCCCGCCUUUGCAAACCCCAUACUUCCCCUCCUCCUCCUCCUCCUCCUCCUCCUCCUUCACACGCACACUCCUUACUCGGCAGAACACUUCAGUCCCCUUCCCCCUGCUGUCAGCUGGAGCUCAUUUCUCUCCCAACAUACUCUUUGAGUCGUGUGUGUGUGUUGACUGUGCAUGUCUGUGUGUGCGUGCAUGCGAGCGCUGCAGAGGUUUUUAAGAGGAGAUGUUGUCUUUGUGGUUACCGACUUCUCUUUGUUCGUGAAGCUCGAGCACAAACAACAGCCGGUUUCCCUCCUUCACACACACGGCAAACAAAUACAGAUUCAGGUCAUACUUUACUUCAACCACCCCCCUUCAGCUUUUAUAAGCAGUGUAUGUAGUUUAUAAUACACUAUAAUGCAGUUAUAAGCAGAUAUAUGUACGUAUACUGAAACUCCCUCUACGUGGAGGUUGGUGUAUGAACUGAUAAUUAGUGACAUCCUAGUAAAAACACUUACUGUACCUUAAUAGACAUCUUAAAAAGUCCUUAUAUGUGCUUAUAACUGUAUUACAGUGUGUUGUGAACCCCUUAUUUAAUCUUUACAGUGCUUAUAGAUAAUAUAGGUGAGUUACAGUAAAGUGGUACCAGGUUCAUGCACAUGUUUGUCUCCCAGGUCCUUACACCUAACACUGUACAUGAAGACACUGACACGUCGUGUGCUGUAUGUGUGUAUGUGUGUGUGUGUGUGUGUGUGUGUGUGUGUGUGUGUGUGCGCGACUGUGUUUUGGAUGAGUUUUCUCUGUUGUCUGAACAUUUGAAAACACAUGUUGUGUUAAGUUUCCCCUCUACUUCCUCGCACUGAAAGCUGAGCCUUGACCUCCUCCCAACAGCUCACCCCCCUCCCUAUCCCAAUGAAGCCCCCUCACUCCAUCCCUCCUCCUCCUCAUCCUCCUCCUCCUCCUCCUCCCUUAUUCUCAUAUUGGCGUGCAUGAAAGGGCUCGACUGCUCGCGGCCAGAGCAGUGGAGGAUCACUCCUGAAUUGCCUUCUAAGUGGUGGGUAGGGUAGGGUGGUGGGUGGGGGUUUAAAAAAAAAAAAAAAAAAAAAAAAAAAGCCGUGAAAAAGUAGCCAUACUUGUCUCCCAGAAUCCAAAAAUAAGAAAAAAAAUAAUAGGGGCCACGCUUUUUUACAUUUUAUUUUUCUACAAGUGCAUUUUGUGUAUUUAUUCCCAGACUGCGGUUAAGAUAACCUGUGAGCUAUGAAUGUAUAUCGCUUUUACUUUUAUACGGCUAGCAACAGCCCCACUCUAGUGCCUUUUUCUGCGACUUGCAGUGUGAGGGGGGGUGUGCGCUCUGUUAGCCAUGGUCACACAGAUUGAACCCCCCCCAAUACCCCCCUCGGGGAAACAAGUGUUAAUAGGAAUGCCUGAAUAUCCAGUAUUGUCUUAAUGGCUUCCAUCCUGCUUCUCUUUUUUCCAGUGUCUUUGUAGGCUGUUGUCAUUUUAUCAGUGACAUUUCUGUUAAUCAGGCCCUCUAGAAAUUUUAAGAGCACUAUUUUUUUCCCCUGAUGGUGGUCAUGUUUUUAUGUUCUUGCUUUCUGAGAUUGGGUUUAGUGUUUCAAAGAGGAAGCAUCAGGCGACUGUGUGGUAGUUACUCAAAUCAAUUAGCUCUAGUUACAGUUGCUUGAGCUGUGUCGUGUGUUUUGUGAGAUGUUGAAUAGGGUCGGGGUUCCCUCUUCAAGCGGUUUCGAAGAAUUUGAACUAAAGGUGGAGCGUUUGAUACCAAGUAGCCAGGCACUUGAAGAGCAACGACAAAGGGCAGAAAAAUAAGCUAAAGAAAACCUUCCUUGUGUUUUCUUUGUCUGGAUAUUUGAAAUGUAUAUCUCAGGGGCCUGCAUCAUGAAGCAACAUCAGUGCGUUCGACUGAUAACUUUAAUCCACGCUGACCGAUGUCACAAAGCUGGCUGACUUUAAAUCACAAAAGCAGUGCUGCAUUAGUUUCACUUUAGAGAAUUCCUUCAAUACCAGUAAACGAUCAGUAAUAACGAGCAAAAAAGCGACAUGUUGACACACCUGUUGACUCACUUGGCUGACAUUUAAGUCGUGUUUGUAGCACAACCCACUCUUUUUAUUUUUGUGCCUUCAUUAGUGAAGACAGGAGGGUGUCAGGAAAUGAGGGGAGAGAAGAGAGGGGGCACGACAUGGAGCAAAGGUCCCCGUCAGACUCAAACCUGCAAUGUUGCGGUUCAUCAUCAGUGUCUGAAGCCCACAGUGCUUCUAGCAUGUAGCAUGAAGCAAGUUGAUAUCAGUACUGAAUGACAUUUACAGUUGCAUUUGAUUCAACUGAAAUUAUUUAAUUGGUACAGUGUAGACUAUUUUGCAUUAAUGACCCGUUACUGCCACCCAGAAGAACAUGCUGAGACAAUGAUCAUAAAUACUAGAACCUUCAGUGUUGACAGGCUAUUACUUGUGACAUGGAACCAAUCAGAUCAUGCUGUGGGCGGGACAUUGAGUGAGGCAGCAGAGUGGAGACUCCCGAUAGAGGCAGGUGGCACAGGAGAGCCAAAGUAGCCAUGUUUCAGUAAUUAAUUGUAUGGGCUGUUGGUAGAAUAAGAGAACGAUUCCAAUAAUUGUAAAAAUGCUGAAUUAAGUGGCUGGUAAUGGGCCAGGCUGAUAAGCGGUUGAUUCUUAGUGGUUACAUGUAGAGUUGAGCAAUAUAUUGAUACUAUAUCAAUUUCAUGAUAUGAGCUGAGAUGCGGUCUUAGAUUUUGGAUAAUACCAUGUUGUCUUUUCCUGGUUUUAAAAGCUGCAUUACAGUGAAGUGACUUCAUUUUCUGAACUUACAGACUGUUCUAGCUGUUCUGUAUCUUCAUUACUGAUGAUUAUUUAUCAGAUAUCUCACUGUGUCAAUAUUUUUUGAAAGCAACAACGGUCAAUCCCUCAAUCGUCGCAAUAUCGACAUCUGGGUAUUUCAUUAAAAAUAUUGUUCUAUCUGAUUUUUAUCCAUAUCGCCCAGCCCUAGUUACAGGCAGGUUAUUAUAGUUUGUGCACUGAUUUAGAGCAAUUAAAUUGUUGAGCAGAACCAUGUUUCCUGUGUCCAGAUGUAUAUGACGUUUAUCAAAGGGACACAUGGCAGCCAAUUAAAGGUUUGUUUUCUGUGGCUGCGGAAUACUGAGCAAUAAUUAAGAUUUCUUUUCCAUUUAAGCCCUUUUUAUUUACACAUUUACUCUCCAAAUUUUUGCAGCAGAAACGCUGUUAUUUUGUAAAUUUGUUUGUUCAUCAGGAACCAAAGCACAAAAUGUCAGGAAUCAUUUUCUCCUCACGCCAGAACAUGUUGAUAAUGGCGUCAGUGUACGAUUUAAUGAAUCCUGUGUAAUAACGCCGGCUAUUACCUGUAUUCUGUUGCCUUUGAUUCUGACUAUUUUUGUUUAAUUUUUAUGUUAUAUAUGUAAAUAUUGUUACAUUCACUUUGUUGCCUACUUUUCUUGAUCUUUUUUUUUUUUUUUUUUUUUUUAAAUCUUUUUAACUUCCUGAGUAUUGCUUCUUGCUGCCGCACUGACAAAAUUUCCCCAGAGAGAUCCACAGUUUUAUCAUAUACAUUAAUAAUGUGAAAGGCAUCUAACUCCUACCCUUCGUGGUAAAUUGUGGGUUAACCAGCCAGCCAACAGAGCCAGGCACCAGCUUUGUGAGACCGGUUUCAAGGAUCACCACUGUUCAGUUUUGUGAAGCCAGAAAACCCCAGAGAAAGCCAGAAUGAGGUGAACUUGCUUCAUGAUUCAGGCCCCUGGUGUGUUAGUUCCUGUGGCCCCUCUAGGCUUUACACACACAGACACACACACACACACACACACACACACACACACACACACACACACACACACACCAACACCAACACACCAGCCCACUGUGGUAUAAACCUUCAAUGAGCUCCCUCCCCGCCUCCUCCUGUUUUUUUUCCUGCCGACAGUGUUUUUAUUCUGAUGCUUCGAUAGCUUUAAUACCUUUCUCUCUUUUUCUGUUGCCUGCCUGGCUCAGUGACAUGUACAGUACACACUCCCUCUGCCCUUACUGUAAACGCUGUCUGAGCACGGAAAAUGUGUCUCAAGAAAAAAAAAAACAAGAAGAAAAACCUGGAUUCCUGCCGCCUUAUGUGCCCUGCAGUAACCCCCCCCCCCUCCUGCCCUCACUUCUCCCCCUGUCCCGCCCUCAUUUUCUCUAGGUGUGCCUCUGUCCACAGAACUUCAGGCCGUGAUUACUGAGAAUGAACUUUGCAACUUUGUGUGAGUGACGUUUGUGCAUCUGCGAGUGUGUCUGUCAGCGAUAGGAGAGAUUUUAAAAACCGACCUUCCUGUCCUCUUCUCUGUGCAUCGAUGUGGGAACUUUUAAGUCCUAGUUCAUGAACUCUGACCUUUGACCAGGCACUCAUUCAGUCCCUUGUUGUGGUGGUUGAGAAGGGGAGGUUACGUGGGGACUUGAGAGAGAAGCCCCACUGUCUACCCACAGUCAAUGUUUUAUUUAUGGACCUCUGCACUUUUGGCUGUGAUGACUUCAGUACUUAAGUAGUUACCUGAACUGUAUUUUUAAGGAUUUUAUACAAUAUUUACAUGCAAUACAAUAUGAAUUGAUUUUGUUUUCUUUGCCAACCAUUUUUUUUGUUUGUUUCUUAUUUAAUUGUCUUUAUUUUGGCAUGAUUUUGUCACUAUUAUUCACAAACAAACAUGCCUGUUGGAUCUAUUUUAGGCGUCAAACGUUAUGGAGGAUGUUCCCUGUAUGUUUUUGUGUGUCAUGAAUCUGAUGACAGCCGAAACACCAUGAAGCAGGUGUAGGAAAAUGUUUGCUGGAUGAGCUAAACUCGAUCACCCUCUGCUUCCAGUAGAAACAACUGGACCAGAACGAGGACGAGUGGAGUCCAACACUUUGGUUCAGGGAACUGAACUGUUUAUUUUCUGUGUCAUGUCCAGUUAUGAUUUGAGUGUUUCUUUUCUACUCAUUCAUAGAAGUCUUUACCCAAACGAAAACAGUCAGCUAAUUUUAUUAUGUCAUAACUUGAGCCUGAAGAAACACAUCAUAGGAAACGAUAGAGUUGUGAAGUGUGUUGGAGCAGACAGUGUUACGCGACUUACAGCUGGAGCACUUUUACUGCUUGCAUCAAUACAAGACUCUCCUCGUCCAAAUGAUUUUAAAAAACAUCAGAAAAUAUCUCGACUCCCAAGGAGCAUCAUGGCAAGAAACACCCAGUCUUUAAUUAUUGGGUCAGUUUUGGAUGAAUUCUUCCAAUAUAGUGUCGCACUUUGAUAACGACAAACUGUUUCGAAUUUAAUGCCUCAUUCGCACCCCUUCUGAGCUAAGGUUCAUGGGUAUUGUAGUAUUCAGAGCCACCUGCCAAGCCAAAAAAGAUAACUAAAACCUGAUUUCUCAUAAACUAAGUUGAAGUAAUUGAAACUAUUGGUCCUAAGAUGAACCCAUAUAACCUUUACAUCAUCUGAAAAGAGUCCUGAGUUUCUGUGUUGAGGAACAUUGAAGAUAUCAUUGAAAGAAAACAGUGAAAAUGGGAAUUAAGAAGGGAGAGAAACACUUCCAGUCCUUCUCACUUUGCAACUCUGUGCAGGUCUGUGGGAGUGGAGCAUUUCAGCUGAGACUAUAUUAUAUAUAAUACAUGUAUAAUACAGCAAAGGUAGAAUAUCUACUGUGUGGAUCUUUAGAGGACGAGGAAAAAGCAAAAAUAUAGAGCAAAUGGUUGCAAAUAUG